UGUUUCCCCUGUAAUGGCCUGAGGAGCCACGAGAUGGCUGCAUUCUUAAAUGUUUGAUGGAGAAGACGCAGGAGGCGGGUCCACAAGGGGAGGAGAGUGAGGCUGAGGAGGAGGCGCAGAUGCAGAAGCGGGCAGAGAACAUGGACAGGGAGCUGGCCACGCUCUUCCAUCUGAUGAGGAAAGUUUCCACACAGUGUGCAGAGAGUAGGCCUCCCUCACCUCCUUCCUCCUCUCAGCCCCGGCUCUGCCUCCAUCCCGGCCUCCUCUCCCUCCCCCCCUGCUCGCAGGCAGAGUGAUGAGUGUUUCCUGCCAGCCUGCAGACAGACGUGGACGCUGCUGCUGCUCUCACCGCCGCAGGAAGCAGGACGAUCAGCCCAGAGCUCCGUGCCACCUGAACCCGCUGUGAGCCGCACAUGUUGGUCCUCUCCCUCCACCUGGUGAAGAUGUAGUCUGUUUGGUCUCCAUGGAGAUGUCUCCAGUCUCAUUCUUUGCCCUGUUGCCAUGGUCACUGUGCUUGCUGUUCUUCCUGACUGCCGCCCGCCCCCAGACGACGAGCUCCGCCCCCACACAUGCAGCUUCCCCGAGGGCCAAUACGACGCUACUCUACGAGAGCGGCGCUGCGACUAGCCGCAGCCUGCGUAACUGCAGUUGCUCCGCCCCCGUCACGGACUGCGACGAAGUGCUGGCGAACUCUCUGUGCCGCUGCCACAGCGUGCCACGCUCCGCCCUGCCCCGCGCUGGGCUGCGGGAGGCGGGGCAGCUGGCGGUGUGGGUGAAGGAGCUCUGGGUCCUGGAGGAGCUGCUGAACGGCAGCUCGGUGGGCCACCUGCGCCUGUCGUUCUGCGGGAUCAAACCUGUGGACAGCCGGUACCUGGCUCUGCGGGGUCUGCAGACCCUCGGGAUCCACAGCGCCGUGCCGCAGACUCCAUACCCUGACCAGGAAAUGACCCUCUCCCCCCCAGCGGGGGUCACAGCGGAGCUGGACGCCCUUUCCUUUGGCUCCUCCUCCUUCCUGCACAUGACCUUCGUGGACGUGGCCGUGCUGAACGGGCUGUCCGCCCUGAAGGCGUACAGCGUGGCAGGACCGCCUGCCCCCACCCUCUCCCAGCACUUCCCCCUGCUGCCCGUUUCCCCGCCCCCCUCUGAUGACCCGGCUGAGAUGGCUGCAGACCGCCUGCAGGACCUGCUGGUGACCUUCGUGUACUGAACCUCGACACCGAUGGCACUUUUUUGUGGGACGCGUUCCCUUCCUGCUGCUGCUCCUGUCCCGGAGAUGUAGUGCCCUUUGAUGCUCUGAUCCUGUAACGAGGUUUGGGAAUGUUUGCACUCUGAUUGGAUAAGAGGACAGCUGCCACAGAGGUUUCACACGCAUGUACACACUCUGACCGUCCACUGUGGUAACGCACCGCAGUAGAAACUCGUAGCUUUAUUAAACAUCAUAGGUUAGGUUUGGGCUUCAUGUGAGGUUAACAGGAAUUCCCACUACCAGGACCUGCUGGAGUCUCAUGAGUCUAAACAUCUGCAGAUGCUUCACGGCUAACCUCUCAGUGUCCGUCAAGAUACUCUGACCUGUCACAGAUAAUGAAAAUUAGCCUUUUUAGCAUUUUACCAACAAAACCAAACAGUAAGCUGAGCCCAGCGAUGUUCUCAUAACUCACUGAUGUGCUGUUGGUGUUAGUGGUUCAUAAAGCCUUUCACUCACAGUUUAUAACGAGUGUCUCAUCAGGAAACUGAAGCUGGGGGAUUUUAAUGGUUUGGUGUGUGAGUGGCAUGUAAGUGAUCUGUAAAUCCUUAGUAAUAGUGGGCGAGGAUGGAAAAAUGUGUGAAACAGCUGGAAGGGGACGAGGUGCUAACAUGACUCAGGCUGCAGGCGCUGCGAGCGCUGAUCUCUCCUGUCUCUGCGCUCACUUUUCUCCUCCAGUUCACAUUCAAUCUGUCUGCGUUUCAUGAACUGAAGGUUCACGUCAGCGACCAUCGACCGCGAGCCGUCUCACAGCCUUUAGACCUCGCUCUGACUUUAUGGACUGCAGCGUAACUGUUACCAAAAGCUGUGGUUCAUUCAGGUGCCGUACGGCGAUUAAACGACUGUAAUUGUGAAGUCAUUACUGGGCAAACAGUCUGCAGGCUUCCUGAAUCUAUGAGACAAACAACACGAUUGUUCCCGGAGACAGAAGAGCUCUGCCUCCAGCUGCCGGCUGGGUGUUAGCGCUCCGUCCUGCCCAGGUGCUCCGUCUCUUUCUCAGUUCUUAGACUUACAUGGGCGACAACUUACAGCAAAAACACAAAUCAGAAAAACAGCAGGGCUCCCUGCACACUUUUACUGAUGAGCCACGCCAUCCUCAUCAUCACAGCAGGAAUAUCUUUACAAAAUAGAUUUCAUAGCAGAUCUCGAGUAGGGUUGGGCGAUAUGUAAAAAUUUUCCAACCGACAAUCAUCAGUCCAAUAAUCGACGAUGGGCGAUAUAUUCACGCAUGCACAGACUUUUUGAUGGGCGGAGCAAUGUAAUCAUGCAGAAGUACAAACAUGGACGAACUAAUAGGGCUGUCGGCAUUAACGCAGUCGUCACGAUUAAUGCGAUUAAACUUUUUUUAAUGUACUCAACCCAUCUGGAGCGCAGAAAGAAGGGAUUUUGACUCAAUCUGUGUUCCAGAUGGGUUCAUUGUUAAUCGUGUUAGUCAUGAUGAUGGCGCGUUAAAGCUGGCAGCACUAAAAACAUAUAAAGUCGCCAAUUUGGGAUGAAAGAGGCAAACCUAAGGACGUAACCAAAGCGGUGUACCACUUGUGCAGACACAUAGUACGAGCAAAGUACUCAAUAACCCUAAUCCCUAGAGACUUGCAGAACCUCUCAGAGGCUCACGGCUCCAGAGUUCAUACUUCAAAAGAGCCAACAAUAAACCCCAUACGAAACCUCUUCAGGUGCAUCCUGGGCAGCAGCUCAGCACUCAGUUUUAUUUGGCGAGAUAAUAAAUCAACAUUAAGACGGUCUGAGAAUGAAUUUCCACCACAAAGCGCUGAAGCCGCUCUCAGAUUCACGUCUGUACUUUAACUCCUCCAGUCUCAUUCCCAGAGCAUCAAAUGAUGAGUGCUGAGCAGUUUCAAACUCAAACCAACGUUCAGCAGCGCUGCGGAUAGAGCGAGGGCGCGUUGGCUUCCUGCAGGUCUGCGUUACAUAACGGCCUCGUGGAAGAACAUUUGUGUGCCACAUGAUGAAAUCCUGUCGGUGCAGAUUAUGAAGAUGAAAACAAGACGUACUGGGGCAGCUGGCCGCAGUGAACGCUGUCCAGAGCGGGACGAGCGCGUCUUUGAAACAUGACUCAAACACACCGCUGUGUCGGUUUAAGGACGACGCCUCUGAAUGUAAACAUGUCCGACAGCAGCGGGGUCUGCUGAGGCCAGAGAGCUCGGCAGGCGCUGUGCCGCGUUUUCCCAGCUGCUCUGAUUGAGAGCAGAUGGCCUCAUAAAACAAGUUGUUUUGAAACAGGUUAAAAUGGACGCCGAACAACACGAGUGCCAGCGUUAGGAUCCUCCGUCAGCAGCCAACACCGCGCACUCGCUUGGACGGCGACCAUGACUUGGGCUCUGCUGAGCUGGACGGGGCUGCGCAGCUGUCGCUCAGCAGAGCGCAAACAGAAUGUGUUUGUUUCACACUCGCUUUAAGGCCGAGGAGCUUGCAUGCUCUCGCUGUCCUCCUGCUCGAGUCCUGAGAGGCUCUAUGAGACCUGCUCGCACAAACGUGUGUGUGUGUGUGUGUGUGUGUGUGUGUGUUAAACCCAUUCAGUGAGGAUUCAGAGCAGAGAGUCAGAGUUCAGGUCCACGCCCAGCACACGCUGGCCUCUAUGCUUAAUUACACGGCGGGACUUUGCACGCUGCUCAGCGCCUCUGUGUGAGGAAAUGUUCCCGCAAACAGAAACUUUUAAAACGUGCACAGAGCACGGCUCACUUUUACAAACACCAACCUUAGAGUCCAAAAUGAUGUGCGUCAGAAAUGCUUUGAUUCGCUUCCAGGUUCUAAUUCUCAUUCACAGCAGGACAGCUACAAAGUGCACACACAUGGCCAGAGUCCAAGCUAGCACGUUCGACUUAAUCAAGGCCGGGUGGAGGGAUUAGCCCUUUUUCUUAAACUGGGUUUGAUCUCAUGCACAAACAUUUGAUGUGAACAGAGGGUUCAGUUUCCUGGAGUUUCUCUGUUCUGAAACAGUUCAGUUUUGGCUCUGCAGGUGUCGCUGUGCUGCAGCCACACGACAGAGGAUGUCAGGCAAAUCAGUGCAUGUUUGCUAAUGUCCUGGUAGUUCCUCACACUCUGGUGGUCAAAGGCAGAACUGAAAGCUGCUCCUGAGUUAAACCAUAAGCUAUAAAGAUACAUUUAUCAUUUCUUAUACUGUAACAGUCCAUAUAAACCUUUGAUGGGCUGUUGCUGUUUGAAGCACCCCCUAAAUGACCAAAACAAACGUUCUUCUUUAUUUUCUGGCUGUUUGCAGCCCUCUAGUGGUUGUACGUGGAACUUCAGUUGAAAGUGUAGACAUUUAAACCGCUAAUCCUUUUCCAGAAAAACGAACGUGCAGAUAAACACUGACGUUCAGGCUUGAUGUAAGCGCACAUUAUUCAUGACCUCUCCGCCUAUUGGUUAGUUAAAUGCCUCAGCAGUGACCAAUGACUCGUGGUUAGCCGUCCUGACAGCAGACUCUGAUAAGCACCCAGAGUCUUGCAGGCUUUGGGAUCUGGUCUCAUAUGAGCAGCUUUUAUGACAUAAUUAUAGAUCAUGUGGUGUGAAGUCAGGGAGGGGUCAGGGCUGCACGCCCCAUCAGCAAACAAACCCAGCAGCAGUGACACACGGUCCGCUUGAUUUUUCUCCAUGUAACAUGAAAGAUGCUCAGCCUGUGAGUGUCUGACUUCAUCAGAGGGUCUCUGCACUUGAUUUUCAUGCUUACAUCAUUUACACUUAGCAUUUAUCAGACAGUCAGCGACUGCACGGAAACCUCCGAUUGUUAAGGAAAAAUGUGAAUUCUCCACCUGGUUGCUGGAAGCGGUCACAGGGAGGUUUAGUGCUUCUCCAUCCAGCUGGUGAAUCCUUGUUUUUCCGGGCCGACCUGUCCGGUCUCUAGGCCUGUCCAACAGCUGACGUCACCUGGUUAGUGGUGAAAACCUAAAUUUAAGAAGCACUGCUCAUGAGAAGAAAAUGUUUAAGAUCACUUUGAUUUGGAGGGGGCGGGGUUUAUAACUUUUGCCCCAACCUGCCACCAGAGGGCGAUUGCCAUGCUGUCCAUCUUUAUAUACAGUCUGUGUUUUCAAGUUUACCCAGUCAGGAACAAGGAGAACCGCUGGGUGAGUUUGCCCUCCUCGGUGACUGUCAGGCUCCUCCUGCUCUUCCUGAGCACAAACACUUGUAGUUAUGCAACAGGCAGAAGUCUGUCUGUGAACGCCAUCUGCUGUGGCAAACGCAAACAGAGCAGCUCACAUUUCCAGCGUGCAGCGCUCUGACACACUGGGAUUUUUCCACAGCUCUUCCCAUCUGCUAAACUGGGCUGUAACACACCUCCAUAAUGGUUUUCAGGCAGUUCACAGAGGACUGGCACUGAAAGUCAAAGAGUCUGGAACUUUCCACCACAAAAUGGGUGAAAAUGAGCUCAGCGGGGUUUUUGGGUUUGACGUCACUCCCUCGUCCUGUCUCCGUUUCCUCUCCUGGUCUCUGUUCCAGCACCUUAACUCUGCAUCAGGGAACGUGUUUUGCUUUCGGAUGAUUUGCACGCUUGUUGCAGGCUUCGUGAUGACUUGUGUGUUUAAGGAGCAGGUUGUGUAUUUGGAAACGGCUCGGCACCUUUGAUUUGUAUAUAAUUUGGAGUGAAUGUCAUAAACACGUCAUCAUGUGGAAGCUUUGUGUAGUCUGACAAUAAAGUUUGAAAAAGUG